AUAAAAAUCAGUUGAAUGCCGGCUUUGUCACUAUAAACAUGUCGAAAGUAAACGUACCAAUAAAAUUUCUGUAUUUGGGUUUUUUAUGCUUUGUUAUUUGUGAUUUCACUACAGCAACGCAGAUAAAAUGCGCAGAGUACAAUGAAUAUUGUCAGGAACAUUGGGAGUGCUGUUCCAAUACAUGCUUAACCUACUCGUAUCGCUGUAUUGGGAAAAAACGUCCCAUUCCUGCAGUCGAACGUCCCACCUUGACUUUUGAAGAGCUCUUAGAAAGCAUUGCUCAGUCUAAUAUAAUUCCCAAAUACGAGUAUAAUCAACCACAAACCAAUAAACGGGGAAAAUCUUAUACUUUAAAAAGUUUACUGAAUAACAACCGUGAGUGGGAGGGAGUGCAAGCAGAAGAGCCAGUUCUGCAAGAUCGCUUUGCGGCUGUCGAAGCGAGGAGUGGUGCGAAUGGACCACAGUAUAUCUUUUUUGUUUUACUACCGCAAGAAUCGACGCGGAAAGCAAAACAAUUGGAACAACAAACACAAUCACCAAUCGACGACAAUCCGACCAUUGUAAAAGUAGAAGAUUCCCAAGAAGAUGUAACUGAAAGUGAUGCUGUAGAAGCUUCAACGGAGCGCUGCAAAGCUAAUGGCGCAAAGUGCUAUCGAAACGAAGAAUGUUGCACCCAACGCUGUCAUGGCUUUUUGCAUCAAUGCGUUACAUAGGAAGUCAAUCGGAGUGCAGUUAAAUGCUGCGGGUAAUUUGUUUACUUUUUUCACACAACGCUUAUCAGGCUGGAGUAACUUAUUUUUGGAAAAAAAAAACAAAAAAUAAUACCAUAAUAUGUAAAAUCGAAUUAAAACUGAUGUACAUACAUAUAUGCAGAUAUGUAAAUGUAUAUAAGUAAGUGGUAUGCAUAUAUAUAUAAGCACAUACAUACACAUGCAUGCAUAUAAGUGCGAAUAUCAAGACUAAUCACGUACUCAUGUUUAAUAAAGGGUUGAUUCAGCAAAAAAAAAUAAUUAAGGAAAA